AUGCCAUCCCCAUCACCCCAGAUAUCGGGCCGCGGCGCAAAAGCCCGGAUCUGUAUCCAUUGCGGUCGGGCUUUUCGACGUACAGAACAUUUGGAGCGCCAUGUGCGCACCCAUACUAAGGAGAAACCGUUCAUUUGCUUCUGUGGGGCAGCUUUUACUAGACGCGAUCUGCUGAAGCGCCAUACACGCAUCUCCCAUCAGGAUGGCCUCGAUUCUCCAGAAUCGCAAUCCAGCUCUAUGGCCAAGACGGCUUUCCAACCACCCCACCACUCUGCACCUGCAGCUGCACCCAUCUCGCCGCAAUAUGAUGCAUCGGCCCGUCCAGUAGGGUCUAUGCCGGAGCAUCCUGCUGUACAUCAAUGGCCGACUACACAACCUACACAUGUCGAAUAUCUGGCGCAAAACCAGCCUGGUAACAUAAUGCCUGCAGGGGCUCCUAAUCCUAGUGCAGUUCCGGAUGGACAUCCUGGCAUGCAUGAUCCUGCCAUGAUCCAAGCUGCUCAGUUGCUUCUUCCUGGGGAUUAUCAAGCUGCCCCACUGCCUUAUCUUCCCGAAGAUCUCAAUCAUUUUCAGGAAUUUACUACAUUCUUAGACUCAAUCGGACUGCCGGCCGAGUGGUUACCUAGUGAGGGAGAGGCGACUCAGCUGAAUGAGAUCGUCGUGGAAGAUCCUCAGAAGACGUCACUUCUUUCCCCGGAACAGCCAAAAUCUCGCCGUAGCCUAAGAGAGGAAUCGCGAGGAGAUUCACCUUUUCGAUCAUGGCUCCCAUCAGUGCCACGGGGCGACCAGAGCCUAGGAGCCCUUUCCGAUUCUGGUAUGUUUGAUCUUGCUUCACCGUACUCGGAAGCUUGCUGUUCGCCGUUGAACUGUGACCCUAAUAGUCGCCAGAACCCCCCACAAGCCACUAAAUCCUCUCGAUUCAACAUCUCAGAAGACCAGCGUUUUCGCCUCGCGGCCUCCCUUGAAGACUUCCGCAAUGUCAUUCCAGACUUUACCCUUCCGUCACGCCAUACUUUGACCCGAUACAUUACGUCUUAUUUUGAGGGUUUUCACCCACACAUUCCAUUUAUACACAUCCCGACCUUCCGCUUUAAUGAAUGUUCCCCAGAGCUCGCGUUGGCAAUUAUGACAAUUGGAGCACAGUAUCGAUUUGAGCAUCGCAAUGCUGAGCGGAUAUUCCAUGUUUCCAAAACAGUCUUAUUUGAACGCAUGUCAAGAGAAUCUCGCAUUGCGUCGCAAGCAGCUUAUUCGGUGCCCAUGGGAGUUCCUCCUUAUACUGAUCACCAACCAGGCAAUAAUGGAGCAGCAAAUACCACCUCAAGAAAAAUGGAGGUCAUACGCUGUCUUCUGGUCCUCAUGAGUUAUGCUACCUGGGAGCGAGCUGGGCUGGUACAGGAGGCCUUCCAGCUUCAAGCACAAUUAGUUCAGCACUUACGCGAUAUUGGAUUGUCGGAGCAACACUCUGAUUCACGCGCUCAGCCCUUGGAUUGGUAUGAAUGGGCCGAUCAGGAGUCCGUUCGACGAACAAAGCUCAUUUCAUUUUGCUUCAUUCAUAUUCACAGCGUUGCUUAUAAUGUCUAUCCCUCCCUUCGCAGCAGCGAAAUGCAUUUGCGACUUCCUUGCUCAACACGAGAAUGGACCGCAAACAGUGCUUCUGAGUGGGAAGCUGCUCAGCGAGACAGAGGUCCCCAACAAUUAUUCUUUCAAGAUGCUCUGACCCUGUUGCUACAGAAAUCACGGUCAGCGACACCGGUGGAGCCGAUACCGGCACCUUUGGGCAAUUAUAUUCUUCUUCACGGUCUGCUCCAGCGAAUCCACAUUGUCAGUGAGCUUUCGUUGCCAAAUGGGAACCACUCAACAAGCCUACCGACCGAAGAACUCAACAAGAUAGAGCGAGCUCUGCGUUCCUGGACUACUGUUUGGCAACAAGCUCCAGAAUCCAGUCUCGAUCCACAUAAUGCCAAUGGGCCAAUACCAUUCACUUCGAGUGCCCUCUUGGGACUCGCUUACGUUCGACUAUCCCUGAAUCUAGGCCCGUACCGCCGCCUAGAAACUCGAGACCCGAAAAUGAUCGCUUCUUCACUUUGUCGUUCUUCCAGGCCUGAAAGAAGCUACCGUCUAAUUCCGGCGCUCAUCUACGCGGCACAUGCUCUCAGCAUACCCGUCCGGCUUGGUAUUGAUCAUAUUGCACGCAGUCAGGCAUUUUUCUGGAGUGUGCGUCAUUCACUCGCCAGCUUUGAAUGUGCGGUCUUGUUAAGCAAGUGGUUGUUCACGCUCGCCGAGGCCAGUCCAGACCAGGCACUAAGCGAAAACGAAAGUCGUAUCCUCCGCUGGACACGGUGCAUUGUCGAAGAAGCAUACUCAUCUAUCGAUAUUGAAGAUGAGUCUGAAACACCGCCAAAUCUUGAGCCCGCUGCUCUAGGUAUGGCGGUUUUGAGAUUACGGGCGAGACUGUUCAAGCGAAAUACCCAGUGGCCGUUUAUCAAUUGUCUUGGACAGAGUUUGGAGCAUUAUAUGUCUAUGAUCUAA